CCAGUAUACCAAUCGGGAUUUCAAUCGACUUUUGUAUAUUGUUAAUCAUUUACGGUUGAAGAUAACAACGCAGUAUACCAUUCGUGAUUCAAAUCAAUAUCGAUGUCGGACUGUUUUGAUUACAGUAGCGAUGAUACAGAAGAUGAUGAUCAAUAUGUCGAAGAAGAAAUCAACUGUAAUGAAUAUGAUGGCGACGAUUUCUAUAAUUCGGAUGGUCAAUACAGCGGAAGAAAUCAAUUAUUUGAUUAUUCGAGUGAAGGUACCAAUCGAACUGAUUUUGAAGAGGAAUCAUUCAAUAGUAAUGUUGUUGAUUCGCCUGGUGGGAAAACCAAGUUGUGGAAACCUAUUGUUCCUAAAGAUUUUAUGCCAGAUGUAGAUGCUAUAUAUCAAUCAUUAGAGGAGGCAGUUGACAUGUAUAAAUUAUCUGCAGAUAAAUCAGGUUUUGGUGUCAGGUUAAAUACAGUAACAAGGUUUGGUGACAAAACCAUUAAAAAAAGGUAUGUAGUGUGCAGCAAAAUGGGUAAAAUACCUAACAGAUCAACUGACACUUUGUGA